AACAAAUACUCAACCAAACCAAACAAUUAAAAUCUUAAUUUAACAAGUUCUUCUGAAAACAUGUCUGGGCGCGGUAAGGGAGGAAAGGGACUAGGCAAAGGCGGAGCCAAGAGGCACCGGAAAGUGCUUAGAGACAACAUCCAGGGCAUCACCAAGCCUGCUAUUCGACGUCUUGCCAGAAGAGGCGGUGUCAAGAGGAUUUCAGGUCUCAUUUACGAAGAGACUCGCGGUGUGCUCAAGAUCUUCUUGGAGAAUGUGAUUCGUGAUGCGGUGACUUACACCGAGCACGCUAGGAGGAAGACGGUGACUGCUAUGGAUGUGGUUUAUGCUCUCAAGAGGCAGGGCAGGACUCUUUACGGAUUCGGGGGUUAAUUAGAUGGAUUAGCUUUUGUUAGCUGUGAUUGUAGAUCUCUGUGUAUCUCUCUGUUAUCAAUCAAUUUCUAUCUAUAUGAUUCUUCUUGUGUUUUA